AUGUCCAACAGCAGCUCCCCCACUGAAUUCCUCCUCCUGGCAUUCACAGACGCAUGGGAGCUGAGACUGCUGCACUUCUCACUCUUCCUGGGCAUCUACCUGGUUGCCCUCCUGGGCAAUGGCCUCAUCAUCACAGCUGUAGCCUGUGACCACCAUCUCCACACCCCCAUGUACUUCUUCCUCCUCAACCUCUCCUUCCUCGACCUUGGCUCCAUUACUGUCACUGCCCCAAAAUCUAUGGCCAAUUUUCUGCGGGACACCAGGGCCAUUUCAUACUCAGGAUGUGCUGCCCAGGUCUUUCUGCUUGUCUUCCUGUUCUCAGCAGAAUAUUCUCUUCUCACUGUCAUGGCCUAUGACCGCUUUGUAGCCAUCUGCAGACCUCUGCACUACGGGACCCUCAUGGACAGCAGAGYUUGUGUCAAAAUGGCAGCAGCUGCCUGGGGCAGUGGUUUUCUCUGUGCUGUGCUGCACACAGGGAACACAUUUUCACUACCAUUUUGCCAAGGCAACACUGUGAACCAGUUCUUCUGUGAAAUUGCCCAGAUUCUCAAGCUCUCCUGCUCUAACUCUUACCUUCGGGAAGUUGGGGUUCUUGUAGCUAGCCUUUCAUUAGUCUUYGGGUGUUUUGUUUUCAUUGUGAUGUCCUAUGUGCAGAUCUUCACAGCUGUGCUGAGGAUCCCCUCUGAGCAGGGACAGCAUAAAGCCUUCUCCAUGUGUCUCCCUCACCUGUUYGUCGUCUCCCUGUUUGUCAGUACUCUUGCUUUUGUCCAUCUGAAACCCCCAAAUGUYUCCUCCUCAUUUCUUGAUUUGGUGGUGUCUCUUCUCUAUGCAGUGUUGACUCCAACACUGAACCCCCUAAUUUACAGCAUGAGGAACAAGGAGCUCAAAGAUGCACUGAGGAAAAUUGUUCAAUGGGUGCAGCCUACACACCAGUGA